AUGGCUUUGACAUAUGAGGAGUAUACUGCUCCACAAGGCACACUGGUGAAGCCGUAUUACUGGCUGCACUUCACUGAAAGUUGUCCCAAGUGCCCGUAUCACAUCAAAACCGGAGAUGAGGCCCGUGUAUCCUACAUGGAAUUUUAUGAAACCUUCGGCUUUCCCUACGCUCAGCCACAGCGCGGGAAUCAUCUAGUUUUUUAUGAGCUGAAGUUAUCAUCAGGCACGUUGGUGCAGAAGGGACAAGUAUCCAACUGUGCUUUGUACCAGCUACAUCCAGAGACAAUGUUCUUCGAUAUGGAGGGCUACCUGGAUGCACUCAUGUACUCCUAUGAAGACAUUGCGUACAUUACCCUAUAUUCCAAUUACACCCCGUGCAAUGAGCGAGCUCAUGGCUGCAUCGACAAAAUGCACGAUUUCUUACUGAACUACCCGAGCACGAGGUUAGACAUCUACUUUUCCGCGCUCUACCAUAUCGACGACCGCCAUUACGAAUCGGGCUGGAACACUGAGGCUCUCCACACAUUGGCAGCGCUGUGGCCCAGAGUGACCAUUAAUCCCAUCAGUAACGGCACAUGGCUGGCCAUUCUUCACAGGUUCGUGAACGGCGUGCCCUGGACCGCACUUUAUAACCCCGUCUUGCCCGAAAGAGCUUCUGCUGAUCUGGCCAACGCCCAUCAGAUCGCCACCAUCACCGGCGUCAACCCUUCCUACGUUGACGUCGCCCCUCAUGCCAAGCAGCAGAGGCAACGUUUUAGACCGGAAGGUGCGAAGUUGUACAAGUUUGCGCAAGCAGCGCUGCCCGCCAUCAACGGGACGCCGUUCGCCUCUCCAUACCAACCCUACGCCAAUCGCUUCAAUCUGCCCGCACUGCCCUGGUCAAUGUAUCUCCCCCAACCACAGAAAACCAGGCCAAAGAUCGUGGUGAGACAUCUCAACAUGCCGGGCACGUCUGAGUGGAAAACCCAUUCAUCCCCGACACUCCGCGAUGAACAAGUAACCGAGAUGGUGGUGACAAACGAGGUUCCACUUAAGGAGAAAGCAAGCAACUCCAAGGGGCAGGAGAAGAACAAGGCAAGGCCAAAGAACACAAGGAGGAACUAG